CCAUUUUGUCACACUCGCCGGUCGUGCGCUCGCGCUGCUCGCACUACGCCACUAAUCCCCGUUAGGGCUAGGGAGCGCUCGCCGCUCUCGUUCCGACGGCGAAGUUUCGGCGUGCAAUGCCGGUCUGUUGCGUUCCAUUUUGUCGCGGGAACUCCAGAAAUGGCGCAGUGUUGUAUAGGUUCCCCACCAAGCAAGAAAGGAAGACGGCGUGGAUGGCUGUUAUCAGGCAGCCUCUCUGGGAACCGACGAAGGCAUCGCACGUUUGCAGCAAACACUUCGAAAAGUCCUGUUACGAAGAAAAACGAGCAGACGGGUGGCGGCGCCUCAAGCAGACUGCGGUGCCAACAUUGUUUUCUUCCCAAGUUUCACCCAAAAAGUACGAGCCAGCAAGGUCAAGCCCCAAGAAAGCUGUGCGGCCAUUUGAAAACGCCGAAAUGGGCUCACUCGGCUUGCCUGCAAGUAGUGGCAAUAAAUUGCCUGAGACUACUGCCGGCUCACCCGUCCAUCCACCUGAUGAUGAAGCCUGUGGUGAGACCUCGACUGCGUCGGAUGGCACAGGGCAUCAACUGAUUACGUCGAUAGCCACUACUUCAAUCUCUGUGCAAGACAACUUCGUUCCCAUGCAUUCUUGCACUGAUGCGGAGGUAGAAGAUGCUGGCGACCUUUUGUCACCAACCGACAGUGAGCUGCAACAAGGAAGCACGCCAGCACAAACAGAAAGCCUCUGCUGCCUUGAGCUAAAAAAAGUUGUAGCUGAUGUGACUAGAAAAUAUAACAACCUCCAACAUCAUCAUGACAAUGCAAAGAAAAAAAUUCAGACUGAAAAAUGAGCUACAAACUGCACAAGAACAACUUCGGGCACUCAGGGACCCGAAGUUCCUGGCUCAUGACCAGAAAAAGGUAAUUGCAAAGCAGUCCAGCAGGGGAAUGACAUGGUCUCUGCAGACCAUAAAACAAGCCCUACAAAUGAAGUUCGCAUGUGGAACAACAGGCUACGAACUCCUCCGAACACUGGGCUACCCUCUGCCCAGCACCAGAACUCUGUUGAGGAGAAUGCAGAGCUUUCACUUUUUGCCUGGAAUUCUCGGGGAGGUGUUCGACAUUUUAAAGAGAAAAGCCGACGCCAUGGAAGAGGCAGAACGAGACUGUGUGUUGUUCUUAGACGAAAUGGAAAUUGUGCCAGGCAUUGAGCAUGACCAGUCUGAAGACUGCUUCCUUGACUCCAUUACUCUCCCAAAAAAGAAUGACGACGCUAAUCGUGCCCUGGUAUUUAUGCUAGGAGGUCUGACAUCCCGAUGGAAACAAGUGAUCGCCUACCACUUCACAGGAAGGUCACUUGAUGGCACCCUCCUCAAGGACUUUGUUCUGGACCUCGUGAAGUUGUCCUAUGAGGUGGGACUGAAGGUACUUGCAGUCACUAGCGAUAUGGGUGCGUCAAACCGGGCCAUGUGGCGCGAGCUUGGGCUUAUCAGCACGAGAAACGAGGACACAACUUGUAGCAUUCCUCACCCACACCUGCAAGGACGCCGGUUGUAUUUUAUGGCGGACGUUGCACAUUUGAUCAAGAACAUUCGAGGCCAACUCCUUCGGUCUGAAGUUUUUGUUCUCAGCAAGCGGACCAUGGAAGAAAAUGGGCUGCCCAGUGCCAGGGUCAAGCUGGAGUACCUUGAGACAGCACUAAACAUGGACAAAGAGAAUGAAUUAAAAGUUCCCCCAGGCUUGUCGGAAAUCCAUGUAAGCCAGGGACACUUCACAAAG